AUGGAGAUGGAGAUGGAGGCGGCGGCGGUGACGGCGGCGGCGGCCCUGUGCUGCGCGCUGGCGCUCUACCUGUACCACGAGCUGUGGGUGGCGCCCGAGCGGGUGCGCGCCGCGCUGCGGGCGCAGGGCGUCGCGGGGCCGCGCCCCUCCUUCCCCUACGGCAACCUCGCCGACAUGAGGCGGGCCAUGACGACGGCGGCGGCGGCGGCGGCGGCUCAGAGCGGCGGCGUCGUGCACGACUACCGCCAGGCGCUGUUCCCCCACUACGAGAGGUGGAGGAAGGAGUACGGCCCGAUCUUCACCUACUCGAUCGGCAGCAUGGUGUUCCUGCACGCCAGCCGGGCGGACGUGGUCCGGGACCUCGGCCUCUGCGUGUCGUCGCUGGACCUCGGCAAGAGCUCCUACAUGAAGGUCACGCACCGGCCGCUCUUCGGCGACGGCAUCCUCAAGUCCAGCGGCGAGGCCUGGGCGCACCAGCGGAGGCUCAUCGCGCCCGAGUUCUUCCCGGACAAGGUCAAGGGCAUGGUGGACCUCAUGGUCGGCUCGGCCACGGCGCUGGUGGCGGCGUGGGAGGACAGGAUUAGCAUGAUCGGCGGCCGCGGCGGUGGCGCGGAGCUGGAGCUCAAGAUCGACGACGACAUCAGGGCCUUCUCCGCCGACGUCAUCUCCAGGACAUGCUUCGGCAGCAGCUACGUCAAGGGCAAGAGGAUCUUUGCGGUGAUCAGGGAUCUGCAGAAGGCGGUGUCCAAGCCCAACCUGCUGGCCGAGAUGACCGGCCUCAGCUUCCUCCCGACGAGGACCAACAGGGAGGCGUGGAGGCUCAACAGGGUCGUAAGGGACCUGGUGCUGGACGUCGUCAGGGAGAGCGGGGACGACGACAGGAACCUGCUGAACGCGAUGCUCCGCAGCGCCGCGGCGUCCGGAGGCGGCGACCGCGUGGGCGCGGCUGCGGUGGAGGAAUUCGUCGUGGACAACUGCAAGAACAUCUACUUCGCCGGGUACGAGACGACGGCGGUGACCGCUGCCUGGUGCAUGAUGCUCCUGGCGCUGCACCCGGAGUGGCAGGACCUGGUGCGCGACGAGGCGCGGCAGGCGUGCGCCGGCGCCGCGCCGGACUUCGCGUCCCUGCACAAGAUGAAGCAGCUGACGAUGGUGAUCAAGGAGACGCUGCGGCUGUACCCUGCCGGCGCGGUGGUGUCGAGGCAGACGCUCCGCGACGUCACCCUCGGCGGCGUGCGCGUGCCGGCGGGCGUCAACAUCUAUGUUCCCGUCUCGACGGUGCAUCUGGACCAGGAGCUGUGGGGCGCCGACGCGGGGGAGUUCGACCCGGGCCGGUUCGCGGACGACGCGCGGGCGCACCACCAGCGGCAGCCGCACGCGUACCUCCCCUUCGGCGCCGGCGCGCGCACCUGCCUCGGCCAGGCCUUCGCCAUGGCCGAGCUCAAAGUCCUGCUGGCGCUCGUGCUGUCCAGGUUCCAGCUCACCCUGUCGCCGGCUUACGUGCACUCGCCAGCGCUCAGGCUCAUCGUGGAGCCCGAGCAUGGCGUGCGGCUCGUGCUCAAGAACGUGGAGCCCAGUUGCUAG